UCCCAUUAAGUGUUUGGUGUUGAGUGAACGAGGUGCCCGGCCCGCCGUUAACCCUCAGUCAUUCCACUGUUGUCUGUGUGGUACCUUUUCUCACACUUUAAGUGUUGUUAAAGAUGGCGGUAUUUGCUCUACUCUUCCUCGGUUGUAUCGCCCAGAUCCAGGGUCAGGCGUACCAACCUUACGGCACCCACGCGCCCCUGCCAGUCGUCACCCCCACAACCUCCACCAUCACCACUGAGACUACCCUGACCCACACUCUGCGGGAGACUACAACCUCUGACGUCUGGGUUACUGAGCAGACAGCGAUCACCCUGACAGUCACCCAGACCACCACCCAAUGGGAGUUUGUUCCCCAGCAGCCACAGACGGUGACCUCUGUGAUAAGGGUCACCUCCACACCGGUAGUGUUGGUGACGGCUACGGUGGGGGUCUACCCAGUGAGCACAAUGGUCUCCGUCUACAGUCAAUUCGUCUCCCCCUGCCCGCGCAGCUCGUUGUCGCCAUGA